AUGUUUCAGUUUCCACACUAUGGUGAUGAUGAACUCUUCCUCAUUUCUCAAACAGUUGAAGAUAUUCCAGAAAAUUCAGUAGAUCUAACGUUGCAAUUGCCCGAUCAUCUUCUUCAUUCGAUAUUUUCCUACCUUAGUUUUCAUGACCUACUUAAUAUCCGCCUUGUUUCGAAAAAUUGGCAUCGUAAUAUUCCAUCAUACUUGGCUUUCCACUUUAAUCAAUCCCUUUUUCAUGAACAAAAUCCUAUAUAUUAUACCAGCGAUUUCCGAAAAUCAGUACUUUCUUUUCUCUGUGAUUUUAAAAAUAAGUUGUUCAAUGCUGAACAAAGAGUAUUGUGCAUUCUAUUUUUCAAUGACAUGAAUAUCCGCGAUACAAUGAAAUUGCUGGACGGAAACGAUUUCCAUGAAGUAUAUUUGAGAAUUGAGAUGAGAUAUGUUCAACAUUGUUAUUACUGUUUGCCUUAUAUUUUUCAGUCGAAAUGUCUUACUAUUCUUCAUUUAACUGAUUGUGAAUUUGAUAAGUAUGUAUUAUGUGGUGAAGGAAUAAUUUCAUCUUUGCAAGAGUUGAAAUUGGAACGCAUCAUAUUAUGUGAAGAAAUACUAUCCAAGUUUAUUAGUAAGUGCCCUAAUAUUAGAGAAUUGAGUUUGGUGAAUUGUUGGGGGAUAAGCUUUAUCGUAUUAACUAAGUUGGAUCGUUUGAAGAAGUUGUAUGUGAACGUAGGUGAUUUUAAUUCUUUUACCAACAUACAAGUUAUUGUCCCGAGUUUACAAGUUUUCCAUUUCGUUUCACGGAAUUGUGAAAGUAAAAAUGUUGCUUUUAACAUGGAUAUUCAUGCUUGUAAAAUGUUACGGGAAUUUCACUUGGAUUGUUGGAAAUUUCCCCAUGGUCUUGAUCCUGAAAACUUUUGUUCAGAUUUUCCUCAUCUUGAAACUUUGUUACUUGGGCCUUGUCAGACAGAGAAGCCUGUCAGAAUUUUGAGUUCAUCGCUCAGAAAAUGGACCUUAUCCUUCCCACAGGUAUAUGAAUGUGAAAUAGUUUCGUCUCCUAAUUUAUCUUCUUUCCAAAUCCAAUAUAAGGGUACAACAUUUGAAAUAAUUUAA